AAAAUCUUCCAUCCAAUUAAACAUCCGGGUCAAACUGACCCGUCUCUCCCACCCGGGGGUCUCAAAACCCCUUCAAUUUUGCGAGUUUUCUUGUGCAGAAAGAAGAGAAUCCUUUAAAUCUCUGAGAAAAACCGGAGAAAUAGAAAAGGAAAAGUUAAAAGAAGAGGGAUGGAUCCGAAAAUUACAGAGGCUACACAAGCAUUCGAAAGAUUUAAAGCUGCGUUUGCGCGGAAUGAUUUUGACAAGUGUAAUGAACUCCUAUCCCAGCUCAAGGUUCUGCUGACAAAAUUGAAGAGUCUACCUCCAUUAUUCGAAGAAACGCCAAAUGCAAUCCAUGAAUUGACACUAGCAAGGGACAUAUAUGAGCAUGCAGUUGUUUUAAGUGUGAAGAUUGAGGAUCUGGAUGCUUUUGAGAGGGACUUUUUCCAACUGAAACCUUACUACACAGAUGCACGUGGCCGUCUUCCACAGUCCCCACAGGAGUAUCUGAUCUUGGGUCUCAACCUUCUGAGACUCCUUGUGCAGAACAGAAUUGCUGAAUUCCAUACUGAGUUGGAAUUACUAUCUGAUGUUGCUUUGGAAAAUCCUUGCAUCAAGCAUGCUGUUGAGUUGGAACAGUCCUUCAUGGAGGGAGCUUAUAACCGUGUUUUGAGUGCUAGACAAACAGUACCUCAUGAAACCUAUGUUUAUUUUAUGGAUUUGCUGGCAAAUACUGUCAGGGACGAGAUAGCUGGAUGCAGCGAGAAGGCAUAUGACAGCCUUUCCAUAAAGGACGCACAGCAAAUUCUUCUGUUUUCUUCAGAUUAUGAACUGGUUGAAUACAUUAAGAAAGAGCAUCCCGAGUGGGAGAUCGAGAAUGGGUUUGUAUUUUUCCAACGAGCCAAAGAAUCGGUGCCUUGCAAGGAAAUUCCAUCUUUGCAACUUAUCAAUCAGACGCUCAGUUAUGCAAGGGAAUUGGAGCGCAUUGUGUGAGGGAUGUGCUGCCCAGUCGUUUGUCGUUUGUGCUUCCAUUUUCUUUAUAUUUGGUGGCUACUCCGUUGUUUCUGCUUUGGAGUAUUUCUUAACUACAUCGAAAAAUCCGGAAUGACAAAAUAUUUAAACGUUGUUGGAAUUUUUUUGUAUUUUAUCGAUUUGAAUCCAUUUUUCGUAUUUUGUUGUGUUCCCAACAGAAGGCAU